AUGUCUUUCCCAUACAAGCACUUCCUCCUCAUCGGCGCGACCUCAGGCAUUGGCAAAGCAAUGGCCGACCGGCUCAUCGCAAGCGGCGCCAAAGUAACAGCCGUAGGAAGACGUCAAGAUCGACUGGACUCGUUCGUGCGACAACACGGCGAAGACAAAGCGAGUGCGAUCGCCUUCGACAUCAGCAAGACCGAGCAAGCGACUCAAUUCGCCAAAGAAGCGUUCGCCCAGCACCCAGAUAUCGACUGUGUCUUUCUCAAUGCAGGCGUGCAACAUCGCCACAAUCUGACGAGCCAGGAGACAUUCAAGCUGGAUGAGUUCCUCAAUGAAGUCCAUGUCGAUUUCACAAGUGUGGUGGCUCUUGCUCAUGCUUUCUUGCCGUAUCUUACGGCGAAGACGGAGCCUGUUAGCUUCAUCUUUACCGGGACAAACCUCGCGAUUGUCCCUGCUUGCCCCAUGCCGGCUUAUUCGGCCGCGAAAGCAGCGCUGAAUGCAUUCGUUCUUUGUUUCAGGGAGCAGCUCAAGUCGACCAAUGUCAAGGUGAUCGAGUUGUCUCCGCCCGCUGUGCAGAGUGAGCUCCACGAUUACAUGACACCAGAAGUCGGGCGGAAGGUCGGUAUGCCGUUGGAUCAGUUCAUCGAUGAGGCAUUCGCGGGAUUUCAGGCUGGUAAGGAUCAGGUGGUGGUUGGCAGUGUUGCCGAUGAGAAGACGUUCUACGAGGUUCUCAACAAGCGACGGGCGUUGUUUGAGACUUUGUCGAAGCUCUUGGGCUCAAUCCAUAGACAAGAACCCCGACGAUUCCAACCGACCCAUACGGUAUAUAAAGCGAAAAUGUCACCGAUCCCUAUCACUAUCGUGACCGGCUUCCUGGGCUCCGGAAAAACUACCCUCCUCCUGAACCUCAUCCCACAACUCCCGCAGAACUACCGUCUGGCGCUUUUGAAGAAUGAAUUCGGCGACGUGGCGAUCGACUCCCAGCUCGCCUCGACACAAUCCAUCUCCGGGGUCCGCGAACUCCUGAACGGGUGCAUCUGCUGCAACCUCGUCGGCCAGCUCAGCGAUGCGCUGAACCAGCUCCGCGAGGAGGUCAAGCCGGAUCGCAUCGUGAUCGAGACCAGCGGGAGCGCGUUCCCCGCGACGUUGGCGAUGGAGGUGAACCGGCUGGAGCGCGAACAGCCGGGCAGCUUUGUGCUGGACGGGGUGAUCAGUGUGAUCGACGUCGAGAACUGGGAGGGCUACGAGGAUACAUCGUAUACGGCGAAGUUGCAGGCGAAGUACACGGAUUUGAUCAUUUUCAACAAGUGGGAGAAGGUGUCGGAGAGACGGUUCGAUGUUUGCCUGGACCGCGUGGGAGAUCUGGAGGUGCAGACUCCGUACGUGAAGUCGGACAAGGGGAGGGUGGACAAGGAUGUGUUGCUGGGGAUUGAUGGGGCUUUGUUUGCGAAGGAUGAUGGCGCUGGACUUACCGACGGGCAUCAUCAUGAUCAUGAUCAUAAGCAUGGUCAUGGACAUAAGCAUGGUCAUCAGUCCGAGGUUGAGGUGCUGUCGGUCACAUUGAAGUCCGCCCAGCCUGAGCAGACCGUUGACGUGUCUGCCCUGGAGCAGUUGCUGCUCUCUGCACCCAAGGAUGAAGUCUACCGGAUCAAAGGUAUCAUGCGUUGCUCCACACAGUCGCCUCCGGCUGAAUCGUCGGAUGCCCUGGCCGAACCCAGACCCGCUGCGUCCCAGGACGGAACGACUAGACAUUAUAUCCUCAACUGGGCCUUUGGUCGUUGGACCUUCACGCCCUCCGAAGUUGUUGCAGAAACGGCUGACCCAGGUGAGGCCGCUCGCAUUACAUUCAUUUUAGCCCGGUACGAGUCUGGAAAGUGGAAGAAGAAGCUGGAGACCGGUGGCUUGGUCCAAAUCGGAGAGGGAAAUGAAGGAGGCGAGCUGGUUGUUGAGCGACUGGUCUAG